UGGCGGCGCCCACUAGGUUAUGAAUUUUGUGCAUGACAUACACAUUAUGAUCACUGGCAGUCAUCGCUGUGAUGUUAAAUAAUGAUUCUGCAGAACGUACAGUGGGAAACAAUAAAUAAUUAUGGCAGAACACGGCGCUAAUAUAUCGACGACAAGCAAUGCCAGCAAUCAACCUUCGAUAUUUGAAGUAUUGGCACAGGAAAGUUUAAUGUCAGCUGUUAGACCUGCAUUGAAACACGUGUGCAAGAUACUUGCUGAGAAAUUUCCUGAGAAGUUUGGUUGGCUGUUCCAUUUCAGCGAUGAGGUGUACUUAACCCUGGAUAUCAUAGUGCAGAACUACUGUCUUGCAAAGCUAUCUGCUUCGUUCGCGGAGAACUUCUAUGGAAUGAAACGAGUUCCGUUGGAAAAGAACCAGCUCAAUAAGCUAUCACGACGAAUUCACCUGAAAUCUCUUGCCUUCCUGGUUUUGAUUCCCUACAUUAAAACCAAACUGGAUAAGUUAUUUGAGAGAUGGCGAGAAGAAAAUGCAGAUGGUAGAUUCCAAGACUCGAGAGGGCGAUAUGUCAGUAUGGUGAAGGUGUACCUCGCAGCCUAUCCCUAUGCACAUAUGACGUAUGAAGGAGCCAUGUUGUGCUAUCGGCUCGCCUAUGUGUUCGGCAAGUCGCGGUUUCACUCUCCGCUGCUGAAACUAGCAGAUGUCGAACUGCAGUCACUCACCAUGGAAGACAUGAUGGCACUCAAUGUAGAAGGCAGCUCAAGCCUCAUUCAGCCCGAAGACAGCUGGAGUGAUGUGUCUAGGAAGGUGUGCAAGAGACUGGUUGGCACAGUUGCUGUGUGUCUGUCGUCAGGGCUGUCCGCAUCUGUCUUCUUCCUACAGUUUAUGGAGUGGUGGUAUCGCAGUGAGCACAGCAGCCAUGACACCAUCACAGCUCUUCCGAUCCCCGAACCACCCAAGGGUGUAUAUGAUGUGAAGCUACUGGAUGGAGUGUGUCCAGUAUGUGGACAAGAACGCACCAAUGAAACUGCACUCUCUACCUCAGGUUUUGUGUUUUGCUACCCGUGCAUUCACAGCUACAUCCAGGAGAGUGGAAAGUGCCCCAUCACUGGAUUUCCAAGUAGCUUGGAGUGCCUUAUAAAACUUUACCCGUCUAGCAGUUGAUUGCACUGAUAAAAAUAAUAUGAAAUUAUCAUUAAAAACAAACCCAAUCAAAAUAUGAGGGUUAGCAUUCAGUAUUCGAAGGUUUUUUAAACAGGAUAGGAGCCAGUGAGUGCAUAUAAGUGUUUUGAAAAAACAGAUUAUGACCAGUACAUGUUUGUAAUCAAGUUUUCAGAUUUAAUGCAUUCUGAUGUACAUUUCCAUCAGGUUGUUAUGUUAUAAGUUAAAUAGUACGAACGAUAUUUUUAGAUAAAAAUUCAGGUGAAAAUAAAAGGAUUUUAUUUACAAUUAAUGUUUUUAUACAUGAACAACAGUUAUAGCUGCCAUUGAUAAUAUAAGAAAAUUCACAUGACUGAUAUCUAAAUAUCAGUAUUUAUAUUAUGAAAGGUUUGUUGCAACUUGAUAGCUUAUUGCUAUUCUACCACUAAUAUAUAUAUAUACAUAUAUAGUGUAAUCAGUGUAUUAAGAAGGGCUUCUUAAUACGCUCUACUAGGACCGUGAACAUGUGUAUCGAUACUAGAAUACACAUCUUCCUGUUAGUGUACAUAUAUGUUCCAGCUAAUAUCCACUAGCAAGAACAGAGUUGCCAUUAAAUUUAACAAUUAUUGAGAUUGACGAUCACGAUACAUUCAAGCAGCCGAACAAACAAGGAAGGUAGUGAUAAUCAUAUAAUGAUAUUUUUGAUGGUCAUUGACUGAUGAUAUUUAUAACAAUAUGUAUAAUUCAUCAGCUGUUUAUAAAAUAAAACAAAUUUAUGUUUA